GCCCCUUUCUUUGUUUUCUAAUUGCAAAUUGAAUAUCAGGACUUCAAGGAGAUGAUAAAACUGCAUUGGAUUGGUUAUUGAUAAUGAAUAUUAGUGAUUGGUGCAAUGGAAGUUGAAGAUUGGGCAGCAUCUUCUGAUGGAACAGCUGAUUCAGAUGUCUACCUGCAAGAUACAGAUGAUGAAGAGAUUCAGUAUGAGUCUGGCUCUUUCCCCAAGUUGCAAUUUAGGAAAAAUAAAUCCAAGGCUUGCUGGGAUGCGGAGAUGGGAAUGGCAGAGGUUAUGGAAAAGAAGGGUAGAAUAUGGACAACAAUGGGAGUAGUUCGAAGGAGCAAAACUUACUGCUUCAUCGAGGAGAUCUUAUAUCUGGCUCAAAUUGGGGCAUUGGUUCUCUUAGAUGCAUAUGAUACAGUCCUCUCCUUGAAAGAUAUAUGUGAGAAGGUUGCAGAAGGCAAGAAUGGAUGUCAUUGGGAGGCUUUUGAGGCUUACAGACACUUAAAGUCCCUUGGAUACAUAGUUAGCCGACAUGGGGUCCCUUGGACUAUGAAGAGUGUUCAGAGCUUCUCUGAUUCUGCUUGUCUUGAAGGCAUUACAGAAAGCAAUGAGAUAGCAGAUAGGAAAUCAGAAGAUGAACUUUCCAUCAUCAGCCUUUUUAAAGAUUUGCAUAUUAAUGAACUGAGGCUGGGUUUUGAUGUUUAUCUUCCCAACAGCAAGUUUAGAAAGUCUUGUCCUGGUGAUCCAAGUUUUAUCCUCUGCUUAACCAGUGGUCAGCCACCACUGAGAGCAGAGCUUGAAAACCUUGAGAAAAAGUGCAAUGGCAUUCCCUUGAAGUUUUGUCAUGUAGAUCAUGGGCGUGUCAUUUACUUUUCCUUCGACAAAGUUGACCUUCCAGUCCUACCCUGAUGAUCCCGAGAAGGUGGAAUUGUUUUAGUGAAGUUUCAGAAAUGGUGGUAGAAAAAAAAAAUAUUUAUUUUAUGAUCCGACUUGUCUAGGUGAUGCAGGAGCAGUUCUUUGGACCAGGCCAAACUUGUUU